UUUGAGAUUGUCUUCCCAAACUACUUAUAAGAUUAUGAAAUCAUCAGAGAGCUUGUAGUUGUCAAGAGAGUUCUUGAAACAUGUUUGCUAGUGCGGUAUUUUUAUUGAUAUCCUUCACAUUUGCACAUAAUGCUGUUUCUUCGGCUAGUUUGAAUGAGAGUCUGCCAAAACUUCCUGGAGAUACGGCCAAUAAGAUGUGUAAAACAUAUGCAAAGUAUGCUCUCGAUUCUUCAGCUUCUAGUUGCGCUUUCGAAAAGGAGAAUUUGAAUUCAAAUGGAGCAACAGAUAGAUUAGCUUCUAGGAAAGAAUUUCCUCACAUGGUACAACUUGGUUUCCAUCGCCAAAAUACCACUCUUUGGGGAUGUGGGGGUAUUCUGAUUAGUGACAGAUUUGUUUUAACAGCGGCACAAUGCGCAGUAACCAGAGAAUACGAUGCUGCCAAGUUCGUUAGAGCUGGAAUUACCAACGUGAAUGACAAAAACCACCUCCAAAUCCGAUAUAUUGAGGAAACCAUCAUACACCCAGAUUUCAAUUCUGACACUUUUUACCAUAACAUCGCCCUCUUGAAAGUGAACAGCUCUUUCGACAUGAACUCCUAUGUGCGUCCUGCUUGUCUCCAUACGAUUAGGAACAUCCCUUUCAGGAACGGAAUAGCCACCGGAUGGGGAAAUACGAAUUUCACUGGGGAACUUAGUGAAGACCUGAAGAAAAUCAAACUGGAGAUUUUCGACAGUGCCAAAUGUAAUAAAACAUAUCGUAGAGCAAUCGUCGGUCCUAAUGCUAGGCUGCCAAACGGCUUUGUCGACGAUUUAUUGAUUUGUGCUGGAAGUUCCGAAGACAAACGAAGUACUUGUCAGGGAGAUUCUGGAGGUCCUUUUCAGAUUUAUCGAGAAGACACUGAAGAUAUAAAGUGCAUGUAUAGCAUCGUAGGAAUUAUUUCUUUUGGAAAAGCUUGUGGACUGGUCAAAGAUGUACCUGAAGGUCAUACGAGGGUAUUUCCAUAUAUUCAAUGGAUAGAAGAUAAAGUGUGGUCAUAAUGGGGAUUCUGGAUCAAAAAUUUUAUAAAUAACUAGCUGACCCGGCAAUGUUGUUUUGCCAUACACAUUAUUUCAAG